AUGAAGUUGUUUAUUUUUAUUGUUGUUAUAACUUUAGCGAAAGCAAAUAAUAUUCCCCGCGUUAGCCCCGGAUACGAUUGUGAUUAUUGUCAACCAGAACAGAUUCAUAUUUCCUUUGGAUCCAAAACCAAUGACAUAGUGGUAACAUGGACCACAUUCAACGACACACAAGAGUCCCGAGUACAGUACGGAGUGGAAGGUAUGGACGAGGAGGCUGUGGGCUACAGUACUUUGUUCACUGAUGGAGGAAGGAGGAAGAGAUCUAUGUGGAUACAUCGAGUGCUCUUGAAGGAUCUCCAGUUCGACACAAAAUAUGUGUAUCACGCGGGGUCGGUGUACGGUUGGUCGGAGCAGUUUUCGUUCAAGACUCCGCCCCAGGGCGAGGACUGGGUGGUGCGGGCCGCUGUCUACGGGGACAUGGGAAGCAAGAACGCUCAUUCGCUGUCGUACCUCCAAGACGAGGCGGAGCGUGGUCACUUCGACCUGAUCCUCCACGUGGGGGACUUCGCAUACGACAUGGACACAGACGACGCGCUCGUGGGAGACGAGUUCAUGAGGCAGAUACAACCUCUGGCCGCCGGCUUGCCCUAUAUGACCUGCCCGGGGAACCACGAGUCCAAGUAUAACUUCAGUAACUACCGCAACAGAUUCUCGAUGCCGGGCGACACUGAGAGCAUGUUCUACUCGUUCGACCUGGGGCCGGUCCACUUCGUGUCCAUCUCCACGGAGUUCUACUACUUCCUCAACUACGGCUUCAAGAUGGUCGCCAACCAGUUCUACUGGCUCGAGGAGGAUCUUCGGAAGGCUAACCAACCCGAAAAUAGGCAAGACUUACUAUGA